AUGCAUUAUGUUAAAAAAAGUGUUAAAUUUGAUUCUGAUAAACUGGACCUGGAGGCAGCCCUGGACAAAGCAGGUUUUGGCCUCUACGGCUUCUUACUGACGUGCCUGACUAGUCUUAUAUUGAUUUCGUUCACAUGCAUUGCAUACGGCAGCCCGUUCAUAGUGCCCACCAGUGCGUGUGAAUUAAAGACUACUUCUAGCCAGCAAGGAAUGCUAGCCUCGGGAACAAUCAUUAGUCUGUUAAUUGGCGGUGUCAUAUGGAGUUAUUUGGCAGACACUCGUGGCCGACGCGCCAUGCUGCUGAUAGCUCUCCUCGGUGCGUCUGUUCUUAACAUCAUCGCCACUAUAUCCGUCAAUUGGAUUAUGUUAUUGGUCUUCCAGGUUCUAGCAGGAGUCUUCGCAGCGGGUAUAUACUCAGUUUCAAUGACGUUGCUGAGCGAGUCCAUUCCGAUGGCCUACAGAAACACCAGUGUAUUAAUAGUGUCAAGUGUUAUGAUGCUCGCACAAGGCAUUAUGGCGCUGUUCGCGAUUCCCAUAAUUCCCCUAAGAUUUUCCCAUUACCUACCAAGUUUGGGCAUUUACAUGAACUCAUGGCGUACGCUGAUGCUGGUGUACAGCGCACCAGCCGUCAUAUGCGCAGUGUGUCUCUUCUUCAUGCAAGAAAGUCCAAAGUUCAUUUUUAAUAAGAAAGAUGACAUAAAGGCUUUGGAAGCACUAAGAGCUAUCCAUAGAAUUAAUAACUGGAGGUCUAAGGAAGAGUUUCAGCUCAAAGGUCUCGUCAAGGAUGAAAGCUUACAAAGCACAGACAAUGCUUCAGUUAAGGACCAGAUACUGCCUUUGCUCCAGGCUCCAUUCCUCAAGUACACUAUCAUCAUGCUCUUCAUGAAUGUAGGCCAACAAGCAAUGGCUAUCGCAUUCACAAUGGUAGCUCAAUAUUUAGGGAUAGUAGCUUCGAUACAGAUCCUCAACUGGCUGCUUAAAGUGAACUGUGCCGCUGGAUUCUACUUUUUUGGAACUUUAUACAUAUCUGCUGCCGUAGCCGCGUUCUUUCUCCCGGAUGACCGGACAUUGCAACCUACCGAACCAACGACAACCGAAGUUGAGAAUUCAGAGAAAAAGACAUAA